AUGUUGUCCCGAGAAGGAUACCACUGGAACGCCACGGAAGGGCUUGUGAAAGGUCUUCCAUGCAUAGGGAAAAUAGAGCCGGCGUCGAACCUACAGGGCGAGAACCGUUCGGGUUAUGAUGUUGUCGUCCUCGGAGCUGGGUACGCAGGCCUCACGGCUGCUCGUGAUUUGACUCUGGCCGGCUAUCGCACCUUAAUUCUGGAGGCUCGUGAUCGCAUUGGAGGCCGCUCAUGGUCUUCGAACAUUGGAAGUUACCCUUAUGAGAUGGGGGGCACCUGGGUGUCGUGGCGUCAACCACAUGUUUGGAGAGAGAUCUCACGUUAUGAGAUGCGUGAUCAACUCGAAGUGUCACCAAACCAGUCGACAGGCAAGAACUUCUCUACAUUGACGACCAAAUAUGGGCAGAGGGAUAUGGCCCACCAUGAAGAGGACGCACUGAUACAAUCAGCUCUUCGCAAGCUCGCGAACGUUGACGACGCGGAAGGCAAGAAUGCCAUGCCAUUUCCGCACAACGAGGGUUUCGUGCCGGAGACGAGUAAACUCGAUUCGCUGUCCCUGUCCGACCGCUUGAAACAGAUCGAACAUUCACUCUCUCCGGACGAGCUUGCUAUUGCUAAAGAAUGGGUUCUAGCAACCAGCGGUGGCACUCCGGAGAACACGAGUUUCUAUGAAUUUCUACAUUGGUGGGCACUUUCUGGGCACUCGUACCAAGGCUGGGUUGAGGACAUGAUUAAGUAUAAGUUUCGCGGCGGCCAGUCAAGCUUUGCCAUCAGAUUCUUCCAGGAAGCCCUCGCCACGGGCAAGCUGGCUUAUGCAUUCGACAAUAGAGUGACCAGCGUUGUUGAUUCCGGGAAGGAUAUCACCAUCCAGACGGCGUCAGGACAGACUUUCCGGGGAGCAAAGGUGGUAUGCACCAUUCCUCUGAACGUCCUGCACACGAUAUCAUUUUCGCCACCGCUCUCUCCAGCCAAGGCACAAGCCAUCAAGAUCGGCCAUGUGAACAAAAUGUCGAAGGUGCAUUGCGAAUCCCGAGGACUCGAUCUCAGGUCCUGGAGCGGGCUCAAUUCGAGUUGCAAUCCACUGACCUUCGCAUUCGGGGAUGGUAUCACCCCAGACAACAAUACACAUAUUGUCGCGUUUGGGCCGAGUGAAAAGCAACUCCAUCCUGAGCGAGAUGUAGAAGCCACCAAGCGCGCGUUGCAGAACCUGACCAGCAUGGAUAUCAAGCGAUUGGUUUUUCACAAUUGGGCUGAGGAUGAAUUCGCACAAGGCGCAUGGUUCUUCUCGGGCCCUGGAUUCAUAACCAAGUAUCUUCAGGAUUUGCGGGGCUCCCACGGGAACAUCUAUUUUGCAAACUCGGAUUGGGCUGUUGGGUGGAGAAGCUUCAUCGACGGCGCAAUUGAAGAGGGCACUCGAGCCGCACUGAACAUCCAGCGGUCGCUCAGGCAGAAGACGAUCUAA